CCGGACAUGAGCAAGAGCGUCACGGCCUCGACCUACGUGCGCUGCCUUGGCUACGGCCUGGUGAGGCAGCUGGCCGACUUUGUGGAUCCCCAGGAAGGGUGGAAGAGGUUGGCCGUGGAUAUAAGCGAGCCCUCUGGAGAAAGCAGAUACAACCAAAUGCAUCUCAGGAGAUUUGAGGCACUUGUACAAAUGGGAAAGAGCCCUACCUGUGAGUUACUCUAUGACUGGGGAACAACAAACUGUACAGUUGGUGACCUUGUGGAUCUGCUGAUUAGGAAUCAAUUCCUGGCACCAGCACGACUUUUGCUUCCAGAAGCUGUAAGGAUGGCAGAAGAAGUUACAUUACCUCCUUCUUCACAGAAAAACUUGCCUAUCCAUGAGAAGCAACUGCCUGAGAAACAAGUGCCUGUGCAGGAAAAGCAAGUGGCAUCUGUAAUGCCAGUUUUAGCUCCGAAUACUGAGAAACAGCCUUCAGCUCCUUCUUACAUAAGUCAAGAGAAUAGCAGCUCCCAGUCUAAUAACAGAGAUCUCCACAGUUUUAGGUUUCAUGAGUUGGAAAGUGUUACAAAUAAUUUUGAUGAACGGCCAGAAUCAGCUGGAGGUAAUAAACUGGGAGAAGGUGGCUUUGGAGUUGUGUUCAAAGGCUACAUCAAUGGCAGAAACGUGGCUGUCAAGAAACUUGCUGCUAUGGUUGAUGUUAGUGCUCAAGAGUUGAAAGAGCAAUUUGAUCAAGAAAUAAAAAUGAUGGCAAAUUGUCGGCAUGAGAAUCUAGUGGAGCUGCUGGGCUUCUCCAGUGAUGGGGCUCUGCCGUGCCUGGUUUACGAGUACAUGCCCAAUGGCUCGUUGCUGGACAGACUCGCUUGCCUGGAUGGCACUCCACCAAUUCCUUGGAAAACAAGAUGUAAAAUUGCUCAAGGUACAGCAAAUGGCAUCAACUUUUUGCAUGAAAAUAAUCAUAUUCACCGAGAUGUUAAAAGUGCAAAUAUCUUGCUAACUGAUACUUACAUGCCUAAAAUUUCCGACUUUGGACUUGCAAGAGCAUCUGUAACAUUCACUCGAACUAUCCUGACGGACAGAGUUGUUGGAACUGCAGCCUAUAUGGCCCCCGAGGCGCUGCGGGGAGAAAUAACCCCCAAGUCGGAUAUCUUCAGUUUUGGAGUAGUCCUACUAGAAAUAAUAACAGGUCUUCCACCAGUAGAUGAAAACAGGGAUCCGCAAUUACUGUUAGGUAUCAAAGAUGAAAUUGAAGAUGAGGAAACAACUAUUGAGGCUUAUGUUGAUGAAAAGAUGAGUGACUGGGAUGCUGCUUCAGUUGACAAAAUGUAUUCAGUUGCCAGUCAGUGUCUGAAUGAGAAGAAAAACAGGAGGCCAGACAUUAAGGUGGUCCAGCAGCAUCUGCAGGAGAUGGCAACCUGACGUGUGUCUUCUGAUGCUGUAUUUUCAAAUGGAGAGGAGACCUGUAGCAGAUACAGCCUUCCAUUGAGAUUUAGUGUGAUGGAAUCGGCCUGUCCUGCAUGUCACAUGCGCUGUUGGCCUGUCCCCAUUGGGCUGCUUUUAUUAAUUAGCACAUCAGCUCUUCACAUUUCCUUAGCCAGCAGCCCCUUAGCAUGAGAAAACUAAGCUUUUUUUUGCAUUACCCAGUUGCAUUCCUGGUAUGUCUUCUCCAUGGCUCUUGAGAAGCAUUUCUGUGUUAGAAUCUCUUUGUCUCGAGAUCUGCAAGUACCAAGCGUGUCUUCUGCAGACAGUAACAGUAGGAGGCUCAGUUUUGCUUCACAUCACUUUCUCGUAUAGAUGAACUAGCCCACUUUACUGAAGUAAAAAACCUUUAAUUGGUGUAAAUGGCAAGGUCCUUUUCUGUGAGGAGACAGUAGUGGUACCCAUUUAAAACAAAUUUGUCCAAAAUUUUAACUUGCAAAUCCAAAUGUAUGUGAAUGGACAGUAUUUGUGAAUGUGGCAACUGUCUGAAUUCAGACUUUUAAAAAUCUCUUUGCAGGAUUUGCUUUUAUUUGGAUAAAUGCUGCAAAACAUAUUUAGGUUGCUAUUUUGUUUAGAUGUUUUACAAGCAGAAUGAUUAUGUUGCAAUGCAAAUACAAAGCUAGAUACAGUUUUCUUUCCAUGUAUCCUAUAUGAUGACAAACUAUUUAAUGUUGGUUCAUAAACACUCUUGAUUAGGGAGAAGACUCUUAAUUACUUUUAACAUUCCUUUUAUGCUUCACUAGAUUUCAUAGAGUAUAAGUACAGAGGAUGUUAUGUUACAGGGGCCACUAUACUACUGUAUAAAAUGGUAUAAUAUUGUUCAGACCAAAUCUGCAUUCUCCUUAGUCAAAUAGUUAAGUGCUUAUCUUAAAUAUACUUAUUUCUGUAGCAGGAUGGGAAGCUUUCUAAAAGAGAACGAGGUGAAAGCAGACUUAAAAGGAAAUGAAAGUGAAUAAUAAGACUCCAAUUUUCUUGCACUAUAUAUGAGAAUGCUGUUUUUGUAAAUACAGAUAUUACUUUCAUGUAAAUCUCUUGCACCUCAUGUAUGUUUUUUCUUGACAAUUUAGGAGUAGGAAUAUGGUCUUGUUUGAAACCCCUGAUUAUCAGAGAGCAAAAGAAACUGAGAAGUGAGACUUGAUCUGACUGCAUUCAGGGAUGUAUACAUUUUUGUAAAAAAUUAAUAUUUUAUCAGCGUACUCUCCCUGGC